CCCUGUUAGAUAUUUGGACACGUUGUUAUACACGAUUAUUAUUUUGGAGUGAGACGCGAAACAUCCUUCAAAUUAUCCUUACGAAAGCACCAGGAAUAAACAGAAAAGUUAAAAAUAGACCUGGGAGAUGAUAAGAAACUCUUCAGAGCAAUCAGAGGAAGGUCACAAAAUUGUUUAAAAGAACACACAUCUCGUUCCUCUGCCACUCAAGUUCCAACUCGACAUCCGAGAAGACAGACUGCUACUGACAUCACCCACCAACCAACCAACCAUGACUCCCUUCCUCCUGUUCUUCGUUGCCCUGGCAACCGCUUCUCCAAUGAGGAGGCAGACUAUGAUGCUGGAUGCUAACGGUGACGGCAUGAUCUCCAAACAGGAGGUUCUGAACGCCAUCACUCUGCACGACGCUCUUGUCGCCUUGGACAUUGAUAACGACGGGUUCCUCUACCUGCCGCAGAUCGUCGAACUCUUCGGUACUGGAGACAUCUUUUACCAGUUGAACAACAACGGCGACGACCAUCUCACCAUCGGCGAGUUCCAGCAUGGGCUCAACCUGGGCGAGUUCUUCGACCUCUUCGACAAGAACGCCGACGGAUUCCUGGACAUGUCGGAAUCGUACCAGAUGAACUACAUCUACAACACCAUCCAGAACCCCGACGCUGCCAUCACCAACGCUCUCGACGCCAACGGAGACGGCAAGCUCUCCAAGCUGGAGGUUCUGGGCGCCUUCACACUGGAUGAGUUCAUGGUCGCCAUGGACCCCAACGGAGACGGUUUCCACACCGUACAGGAGCUGACGCCCGCCUUCGGCGCUGACACCCAGGCUAUCGUGAACCUCCUGGACGCCGACAUGGACGGCCAGCUGUCCUAUGACGAGGUCAAGGGCGGAACCUCCCUGGAGGGAAUCUUCGACAUCUACGACGUCAACGGUGAUGGCUACCUGAGUCUUAACACUACCGAAGCCGACGGCAUUCUGUACGUGUACGGCGUCAUCAAGACCGACCCCAACAUCGUGCAGGGCAUGGGUCCGGACGCUGACGGUGACGGCUGGAUCAGCCUGGCUGAGGUGGACAUCGCCAUGACCAUGCACCAGGCUCUGGAUGCCGCAGACCUUGAUGAUGACAACCACUUGGACGCUCAGGAGUUCACCAUGUACGUUGGAACCCAGCUCCUUUUCAAUAGGUUGGACCACAACAACGACGGGAUCCUGAGCUUCGGCGAGAUGCACACCCUCCGCCUGGACGACCUCUUCAACUACCAUGACAUCAACGGUGACGGUUUCUUGGAUGCCUCCGAAUCCGAUAAGAUGAUGUUCCUCUAUGACAGGGUCAUGGCCUAAAGCCAUUAAACACUGCCA